ACUGUCGUUUGUCCUUGACAAACUCUCUUCAAACACGAGAUUGUUUAGUAAAAGAAUUAAAAACUUUUUUCCAAAGGCUUCCCAUCGUCAUGAAGCUAAUUAUUGUGUUGUGCUCCAUUCUCCUAGUGGCAACAGCCCAGCCAACUAAAAAUGAAUUCUGGAAGGGUACAAGCAUGGAUUCAAUUGUCGAGCAAACCAAAGCUGAUUGUGCGCAAAAGAACGACGAAAUCGCCUGCAUGAAGUACAAAGUUCUCAGUCUUCUUGAUCAAAUUUUCCGGAAGGACAGUUUCAAGUUAUCGGAAACAGUGGAAGUCACCCGCAACUCGAAUCCAGUUGAUGAGGUGUCUGCUCGCGCUGAACCCUCAUUUCUCGAGAAUUUGAGAUCAUAUCUAAUAUCUCACGAUGUGACAUUCAAAUUACCACUUGAGUCAUCGGUUAAAGUCAGUUCAAGGAACAUUGACAACGAUGAAUUGAGUUUCAAUUUGAAAUUUGGCGAGGAUCGUGCUAUUCAACAAGAGGCACGUAAAUCAAAAUUGAAGAAAGUCAUUAUUCCAAUUCUCGUGUUCGUUUUACUCAAGGCGAUGACAUUAAUUCCAUUGGCAAUUGGAGUAUUGGGACUGAAGGCAUGGAAUGCGCUGCAACUGUCAUUUUUUAGCUUCGUCGUGUCAGUAGGUUUGGCGAUAUUCCAACUUUGUAAGAAAAUUGCCGCCGACAGUCAUUCAGCACCAUUGGCAGCACAUGGACCAUGGGAAUAUCAGGCGGCACAAUAUCGUUCAUUAAAUGAUGAUGCAAUGUCAUCGGAUUAUGCGCAAAAUUUGGCUUAUUCGGGCUAUGCGCAAGCAUAAGGCUUUUAUUUUUAGAUAAAUUCGAACUUUUGUAAAAUAGCUUCUUUUCUUUUGUGUGUAUGAAUUAUUUAAUAAAUUAUUAUUUGUCGUAAUUUUAGUUACUUUUUUUAAUGAGGAAAAAAUAGAAAAAAGACGAAAUAAAUGAAAAAUAAUUGUUUUGAAACUGUAACAGAAUUUGCACGAGAGAAGAAAGAAACAUUUAUGUGGACGACUGACUGAUAAAAGAACAUACCGAAAAUACUUUUGCUACCAAAAAUUAGAA